AUGCAGCGGUCACAUCAGGCUACAGGCUACGCGAGACAGUUCGCAAUUUUUACAGAAUCAAGGACUGGGAUUGGACUAGAACAAGGACUGGAGGGCACUGACUCGCAAAUGGGGGCAACGGAUUGGAUGAAUUUGCGUGGCUGUACCGCUACUGCAGCCAUUGCCGAAUACUCUCACGGUUAA